CAUCUUCAACCAUGUCUCUCUUCUUCUCCAACCCCACACGCCCGGAAACAGAGACUUCACUGAGGAUUCAGCAGCACUAGCUUUGCCACGCCGGUGGCGGAAGAAAGAGAGGUUUGUGAGCCUAUUUUAUGAGACCGAGCAUUGCACUAUCGAGAGGGAAAGCAGGAGCAAGAGUUCGACUAACGCUAAUAUAGAAAGCUUCGAGCUUUGAAUCUUCCCAUGGAGGCUUUCAAUCACGUCAGCAACAUGUAUGAUGUUGCACUCAAACCUCGCUUGCUUCAUACCCUUGUCAAAGACCACCUUCCUGAUGAGAAGCACCCUUUUUCCAAUCCCUCAGAGCUUUCUCGUGUUGUUUCCAUGAUUAAGACUCACCGUCUCCUUUCUGAAUCCUUCACCGAUGACAUGGACCUAAAGCAAACUGAACGCUGGAAAUCUGCAGUUGAUUCGUGGGUUGACUGCAUUUUGACUCUCGCUUCCAGCGACAUGCCAGACAAAUGUUGGGCAGGAAUCUCUUUGCUGGGUCUUACUUGUCAAGAGUGCAGUUCUCCUCGGUUCCUAAAUUCGUGCUCUGAGUGGUUUGAGAAGUUGCUACAAUUUUUGCAGUCUUCAGCAAGUUCUCAUUUUCUGAGGGUGGCUUCUGUUGCUUCGAUGUCCGAUUUGUUUUCAAGGCUGAGUGGAUUUCCUAAUGUUAAGAAAGAUGGGUCUUCCUUUGCUGCAAAAGUUGUUCAACCAGUUCUGCAGCUGUUAGAUGGUGACAACUCAGAGGUUUUAUGGCAGGAAGGCGCACUUCAUUUGUUAUGUACAAUAAUGACAUCAUUCCCAUUUGCUGUUCAACGUAAUUAUGACAGUGUUGAAUCUGCUAUUGCUUCAAAACUCCUCUCAGGAGGAUGCAGCCAAUAUUUGUUGAAGAAACUAGCUUAUUCCCUAGCAUUACUUCCAAAAUCAAAAGGAGAUGCAGAAAGCUGGUUUGUGCUGAUGCAGAAAAUUUUGGUCGUAAUAAAUGAUCAAUUGAGUCAUUCAUUUCAAGGUCUAGAAGAAGAAUCCAGGCGCCAUGAAUUUGUUAAAUUAUUGGUUCAACCUGGAAAAGAUCCUCCUGCAGCUUUAGGAGGCUAUAUGUAUGUUGAAAAAGCAAGUUGCAAAGAAACAAAAAAGUCUGAGCAGUCAUCUAUUGUCUCUAGCCUUCUGCAUUGUUGUUGCACAAUGCUUACAAAUUCGUAUCCCUUUAAGGUAAAUGUUCCUGUUCGCAUGUUAUUGGCCCUUGUUGAUAGAGUACUGAUGGUGAAUGGCUCUUUGUCACAAAUGUCAAUGCCCUUUGUGACUGCCAAGCGGCAAGAGAAUAUUUGUUCCGAACUUCCUGUUUUGCACUCAUAUGGCCUGGAAUUGCUCACUGCUGUCGUGAAGGCUGUGGGAAGCCAACUGUUACCAUAUGCUGCGUUUACUGCAAGAAUCAUUACAAUGUACUUCAAAACAUGUGCGUUGCCGGAAUUAAGAAUCAAAGUCUAUUCUAUCACAAGAAUUCUCCUUAUAUCCAUGGGUGUUGGGAUGGCUUUAUGCCUUGCACAGGAAGUUGUCAACAAUGCCUUCGUUGAUUUGAGUACCAUCAGGAGUAAGGGGCCUGGCGAAUUGAGUCUUUCAAAUUCAAAUGCAUCUACUAAAGCAUUGCUACAGAGACAAAGUCGAAAAAGGAAGCACAAGAGUAUGACAAAUUCUCUUCAGCAUCAAGAGCAUGAUGAAGUUGACGUUUCUGCAGCAAAUGCACCAAAGAACUAUCUGGCAACUCCAAUUUCCCUGAGGAUAGCUGCGCUUGAAGCACUAGAGGUUCUUAUCACUGUGGCUGGAAGUUUGAAAUCUGAGACAUGGAGGCCAAAAGUUGACAAUCUUUUGAUAGCCAUAGCAAUUGACUCUUUUGAAGAAGGACGGGUCGGUGAGGAAAUAAAUAUGUUUGAGCAAAAGGAGUCUGCCGUUACUUCUGCUGAUUUACAGCUUGCUGCAUUAGGUGCUCUUUUGGCUUCUUUUCUUUCAUUUUCUCUAGCACGACCCCCACAUUUAGCUCAAGGUCUUCAACUUUUCCACAGAGGAAAGCAACUAAUUGGAACGAAACUCUCUGAGUUCUGCGCCUAUGCACUUUUAGCAUUGGAAGUGCUUAUACAUCCAAGGGCACUUCCAUUGGUAGACUAUCCUCCAAUUCCAAAUUCUUUCAGUGAAGCUCGCAGCAAUUUUCGAGAUGGUUAUGCUCUUGGCCGGAGCAAAACUAACCCAUUCGGGUUUCAGCAAGUGGGAUAUGAUACUCCUGAAUCAGAUGAUGAUUUAUGCCAAAAGUGGCUAGAAGAGCCAGAUGUUCCAUUGGCUGAGGGUACAAAGCAAUCUGAAGAAGAGCAUUCUGGGAGGAUAUCCAGAGAUAAUGACCUGAAAUUGCAUACUGUGCACACUGAAACACCUCAGAGGAGCGAGAAGGUUUCUGCGAUUGCCACUUGUGCAGAUACUGAAAUGAGAGCUGUUGAGGAUGAAAUUGUCAACAAGUCAGCCCAUCCGGGUGAAUCUACCACGCAAUUUCAGGACCCCAUGUCUUGCACAAGCAUUCCUCUUGCUGAGCCAGUUUCUGAGAAGAUUGUUUCAGACAGUACAGUGCCUCGUAUAGGAAGUCAAAUAAAAUCAAGUCAAGAAGCCUCCAUUAACAAAGACAGCGAACCAGCUUACCUUGGCAGCAAAAUGCCAAGAACCUCAGAAUUGAACAAUGAUCAUGAAUUUGCACCUAAAUUGGAUCAUCUUGAUGAUUCGUCUGAGGAUGAUGAUGAGUUGCCUGAUAUUGUGGAUGGAGACCCGGAUUCUGAUUCCAGCUAGGGAAAUCUGUCAUUUAUCCGAAGUAGCAUGAGGAAGAUGUAUUGUAGCUUAGAGUUAUUCUUUCUCUCUCUACUUAACAAACAUGGGCCUAAUAUUGUAUAUCAUCAGAGCCUGAGAGGUUCAUAUAGUUUUUUUUUUUUUUUUUUUGAGAUAUAAUCUUAAAAUGCGGUCGAUAUCCAACAAGUUGAGUAGAAAUUGAGUUGUAAGAAUUUUGAAUUUGUAACUUUGGAUUUAGGUGAAUCUAAAUGUUUUAAUGCAGU